AUGGGCACGCGCGGGCCCUACGCGCUGGUGGACACCACGCCGGCCAAGACCAUCCUGGUGUACCGCAACGGGGACCAGUUCUACGUGGGCCGCAAGUUCGUGUUCUCGCGGCGCCGCGUCGCCAACUUCGAGGCGCUGCUGGAGCAGCUGACGGAGCAGGUGGAGGUGCCCUUCGGGGUGCGGCGGCUCUACACGCCCUCGCGGGGCCGCGUGGUGCGCGAGCUCGAGGCGCUGCAGACGGGCGGCAAGUACGUGGCGGCCGGCCGCGAGCGCUUCAAGAAGCUCGAUUAUAUUCAUAUAGUUCCCAGAAAACCUGCAAAGAUGCGAAAGUUGAAGGAAAUCAAGCCGGUGGUGCACUGCGACCUCAACGUGCCCUCCCGGUGGCAGACGUACCAGCGCGUAUCCCGGCAUAUCAAUGUCUUUACAAAUGGAAGAUUCUUUAUCCCACCCGUCAAGGUGAUUAUACCCAAGUUCAGCCUGUCGGAUUGGAAUUGUGUGCUGGCCACCGUGGGCGAUAAAGUCUUCCCCCUGGGAGGUGUCCGGAAAUUGUACACGCUGACGGGGCAUCUCCUGGGCAGCUCGCAGGACCUGCAGGACAACCAGUUCUACGUGGCGGCGGGGCUGGAGCCCUUCAGAGCCUUCGCCUACUGGAGGUCGCCGCGCGUUCCCAGCGAGGUCAGCAGUGAGUACAUGGACGUUGAGAAGUUUCCACCAAGAAAGAAAAAGGUGGAUGCCAAAGGCAAAGAACUCCCCCAGAGUGACAAAGCCCCACCCAAAACACAGGAGUCUGUGUAUUACGCCAAAGAAGGAAAGAAAAAGCAAACGCUGGCAGAACCUCUGGUGGAAUCUGGUGCAGAGGGAGAUGUGUAUAAGGCACGGACGCCGACCCAGGACACCCAGGGGGCGCUGGACGUCAGGGAGGACCCGGAGGUGAAGGUGGAGAUGCCGGUGGACCAGGUGCCCGCUGAGAUGGUGAAGGAGGAGGAGGAGGCGCGUGGUGAACCCCCGGCCGCCGAGGACACCAAGGUGGGAGCUGCUUUCCCCGAGGCCUCGGACGCCGUAUUUGCUAUCAGGUUUCGCUGUUCCUCGCAGACAGGCCGGCACGAGCGGCGAGGUGCCGCGGGCUGUGUGCGGGGCGGGCCGCGCUGUCCCGCCUCAGCUGCCGCCGUGCCUGCGGCUGCCACGUCCUCUCCACCCUCGCCCCAGGCUCUCCCCGAGCAAAUCCGAGCGCCCUCGGGGGGCCGCAGGUCCCCAGGGGUGUUCCGUGAGUCCUCCCCGCACCCUGUGCCCACGCGCGCCCUUAGCAGCGCGUCCCGAGCCCGGGGCCACGGCCUCCGCUGA